AUGGAGAUCUCGUCUCCGAUCCGAACAUACAAGACACCCGUUAACACUGGCAUUCUUUUUGUACCUGAACGACAAGCUUGGGUGGUGGAGCGACUGGGGAAAUUUCAUUGUAUACUUAGUCCCGGCCUCAACUUUUGUAUUCCGCUGGUGGAUAGGAUUGCGUAUGUCCAGUCCCUAAAGGAAAUUGCUAUUGACAUUCCGGACCAGGCUGCAAUCACUUCAGAUAAUGUUGUUUUACAACUAAAUGGCGUCCUUUUUCUCAAAGUAAUGGAUGCCUAUAAGGCUUCUUAUGGUGUUGAAGAUGCGGAAUUUGCAAUCACACAGCUCGCCCAGACAACAAUGCGUUCGGAAAUAGGCAAAAUAGCUUUGGAUAAUGUAUUCAAAGAACGUGAGGCCUUAAAUUACAGCAUUGUUCGAUCAAUCUGCAAAGCAGCCGAGCCCUGGGGUAUUGAGUGCCUGCGGUACGAAAUCCGUGACAUCCAACUACCCGCGAAGAUAAAGGACGCCAUGCAAAUGCAGGUUGAGGCUGAUCGGCGAAAACGUGCCGCCAUCCUUGAAUCCGAGGGUCAACGAGAUGCCGAGAUAAACCGAGCCGAGGGGAUCAAACAAAGUCAAAUUCUUUCCUCCGAGGGCCAACGUGUCGAGACCGUCAACAGGGCUGUCGGUGAAGCCGAGGCGAUCAUGAAGGUGGCUGAGUCUCGGGCGGAGGCUGUUCGAAAGAUCGCUGCAGCCAUCGCCGGACGGAACGGCGUUGAUGCAGUCCAGAUGUCCAUUGCGGAACGCUACAUUGAUGCUUUUAGUAAACUUGCGAAGACCAACAAUACAAUGCUUCUGACCACAGAUGCAGGUGAUGUUUCCGCGAUGGUUGCAAAGGUAACGCACGAAGUCCACUUUGAUUCCCACUUUUUCAAAAAAGCUCUGGCGAUUUUCAAGACACUGGACAGGGAUAUCGCUUCUGAAGUGGCAAGGGAAACCUCUGAAGCUCUCACACAAAGUGCCGAGUCUGUCAACUCUUCGAAUUCAUCCAAAAGAUUUUUGAAAAUAGCAGAAGAUGCAGUGGAUGAAAAGUGA